CAGUCACAAGUUAACACGGUCACUCGUUAAACCGAAACUCCCUUUCAUUUGACAUCAUGAUGCUAACUAUAAAUUAGCUCAAAGAAACUUCAUCCAUGUGACAUGUUUGCUUUGACAGUAUUGAAGAAAACAGGUGCCUGUUCCAGUGUCAGCUCCGUAGCUGCAGUGAAAGUGAAGCUCUGACAGUUUUCAAGCUGGAUUUCUGACCGCUGCUUUUCUCAAUGAGGUACAGAGGAGCUCAGAUCUGUCUCUGGGCUCAUGGCUCAUGCUGUUUAUCCCGCCUCUUCCCGCCUGGAUCUCUGCCUGGCAGAAUCGUUCUGGUCCGAACCUACAGUGCUCACCAUCAGCCUGGCUCCCCCCCACCUACUAACCCAGCCCCUCCUGAGGGGAAGGGAGGAGCCGAGGUGGUGAAGGAGCACGCCCUGGCUGCCUUACAGCAUGCAGGUGAUGUGGGGCGGCAGUGGGGUCAGUGGUCGGCUCAGAUGACCACCGCCACAGUCAACAACUGGUGGGAGAGGUACGAGGAAUUCGUCGGUCUCAACGAGGUCCGCAAGGCCCAAACCAAGGUCACUGAGGCUGAGGCAGCGUUCAUGGUGGCCAGAGGGAUGGUACGAGAGGCUCAUUCCAGCUUGGAGGCUCUGCAGGGCAGGCUGAAGGAGGUCAGAGACCGGCUGGACAGAGUCUCCAGGGAGGAGGCUCACUACCUGGAGCUGGCAACGAUGGAGCACAAACUGCUGCAGGAAGAGCGUCGUCUCCGGACAGCCUACGAGAACGCCGAGGCUGCAGAGAGGGAGAAGUUCGCCUUGUUUUCAGCAGGCGUCAGGGAGAGCCACGAGAAGGAGAGGACGAGAGCCGAACGCACCAAGAACUGGUCCAUCAUCGGCUCGGUGCUCGGAGCCCUGAUCGGGGUCAUGGGAUCAACGUACGUCAACCGCGUCCGCCUGCAGGAGCUUAAGAGUCUGUUGCUGGAGGCCCAGAAAGGUCCAGAGAGCCUGCAGGAAGCCCUCAGGGUUCAGGCUGGAAACCAUCGCUCCCAGCAGGACGAGCUCAGAAUGCUCAUCGACAGCCUCAGGUUCACUCUGAAGGACGCCUUCACGAAGAAGGACGACUCCCUUCAGGAAAAGGAAAGUCCGACUUCAGACUCACCUGUUGUGCCUAUUUCAGCCUUAAAAGACCUCCACAUUGGCAGCGAAAGGACAGAGUCCCUCCUGGAGUCCCUCCCACCACAACUGGGCCAACUGGAGCAAGGACUCGGUCGGGUAGAGAGCGAAGUGUCUGUGGUGAGGAGGCUGCUGGAGACCAGUCCACAGAGGGAAAUACAGGCUAGUCAGCCGCAGCCGGAGAGGCCUGAAAGACCAGCGAGAGGGGACCAGUGGGAGUCUGAGGUGGUGGUUAAGAGUCUAGAGGAAACCCAGAGGACACUGGGAGAAGGAAUUAGGAAAAACACCUUUUAUAACGCUGUGUUCGCGUACACUGCCACCGCCAUCACCAUCUCUGCUGUCUACAUGCUGCUUAGAGGAACUGGUUAGAGAAGAUACCUCAAGUUAGAAUAUGUAAACAUGCACUUAAACACUACUGGUAAUAAUCUAAAUUAAUUAUUUCAGGAUAUAAUAUUUUCAUGGUGGAAGUUUUCUAAUAAACCGGUUUACAGGUGUUGAUUUGGGCUCGUCAUCUACCGCUGAUGUUUGCUGAACUACUCAAGCCGAGAGCGACUGGUUGGCUCUAACAGUGUAAUCAAGAUAAUUUAAAAGGAGUUUGGCCCUAUUUCUAGCUAUGUUGCAUUCCACUGCUAGUGCUCAGCAGUAUGAGCGUCUAUCACAUCUUUAAACAGUCAGAUAUGAUCAUCAGAUUGAUCAGAUUUCUCCAAAAUGUACUGAAUGAAACACUUGAGUUCAGCAUUGACGUCAGGUUGAUGUCACAUGCCAUUAUGUAAUUAUAUGGGUGCGUCCAUCAAAUACUUUGUUGGUUUACUUUAUAAAAUGUCAAAAAAUAGUGAAAACGCCCAUCACAAUUACCCAGAGCCCAAGAUCACAUCUUCAUGUCGUUUUUUUUUGUCCAUUCAACAUUUCCAACAUCCAGCAUUAACCACUUACAGAUCCCUGGGACAGAAAUGAGCUGUAGGUGCUCCCAUGUUUGUGGUAAUUUGGUAAAAAAUAAACUAAUUAGUUUAGGAAUAUACAGCAUGUAUAUUUUGACACAGGGCUCUCUCCAAGAUAGAUAAUAAUGAAGGAGCCAGCUUAAGGCCAAAAUCAUUGAGACUUAAUGGUUGAUAUUCCUCCAAAUAAAUUACAAUUUAUCAAAUUGGCACACUACAUAUAUACAUAUGAGGACCGACUUUGCCCAGUUGGUAAUUCACCUCUGCCCACCAAGAGUUUAAUUCAUGGUAUAAAAUGGAGAAAAGGAGAAAAUCCUCACCUUUAAGAAACUGUGACCAGAGAAUGUUUGACAUUUUUUCUUGUUAAGACUGAAAUGAUGAUCAAAUAUUUUCCUGAUUAAUUAUCUGUUAAUUGUUUUAUCUACUGAAACAUUUGCUACUACUACUACUAUCUACUGCAUCUCAGAAACCUCCUGAUUGAGAAUUUCUGAGCGUCUGAUUUGCAGAAGAGCUGCUGCAUCACUGAUCAAACCCUAUAGGGGUGAACGCCAGUUUGACUUGCGCUCUCAAGCACUUGGCUGGAACCGCAUUGGUAACUGAUGUUUAUCUGAAGCCAAGUUAGUCCAGCGCCAAGUGAGUUUUUAACUCUGGUAAUCUGAGUCAGCAUUUUAAUCAUCAACCUGUAAUUUUUUGACUUGCUGAACGUCAGAGGGACCACAUAUUCCGUUCAUGAUUCAACCUCUGGGAGUCAUUUCCAGUCUGCUCCAAGCUAUAACUCUCCGACAAUAGUGAAGGAUUGACGACAAAACUUUGUUCCUCUCAUUUAACAGGGCAUGAAAUUGUGCAUAAGAUCAGUAAAAAUAUAAACAUAUAAAAGGGCAAUAAUGAGAAUAAGUUAGCUAUGUUUUACUUACCUCACUGCAGAG